CGCCUAAUCCUAGCAGGGGUUGUCAAGUUGCAAAACGAAGUGCUUGCAGUUUGCAGCCUCUUCCGCAAUCCCUCGAACAGUUGAAAGGCGGCGCCCUGCACAGAGAAACCGGCAUCGAGAUUCUGCCGCGGAGUCGAGCUCUUCCGGGAAAAUCCUCUUCCUCCGAUCGCCGCCGUGCCGUUCCGUUCGUCGGGGGCAGGGAUCCGUGGACAAAAAGCUCCGAUCUUGAUCGCGCCCAGAAGAAAAUCUCUGAUGUUCGGACCUUGAGAGUUCUUGGACCGCCAUGGACUUCGACCAAGAAUGGAAGUCCAAGUUUCCGAUCAACACCGUCUUCAGGUCCCCACUCCUCCUCGCGUCCGACCCUUCCUCCUCGAAUUCUCAACUGGGUCCUCUGGUCUUUAACCCCAAGCCGGGUUCUCGAACCGAGCUCCUGUCUUCUCCUUCUCUUGCUCCGCCUCCGGUCUUGCCUCCUCUCCCUCAGCUCUCCCUCGCCAGGUUCCUCAGCACUACCUCUCCGGUGCCCCCUUCGGCGUCCUCCAAAAUCGAAGCUUCGUUCGGCCCGGAGCAGGCCGACCCGGCUCCCGGCUUCGCGCACAACCGCCUCCAGUUCCUUCGCUGCCCGGACAGUAGCGAGGUGAUCGCGUUCUUCCCGACGGGUGAUAAUUCUGAUCAGAUUGGGUUCUUGAUUUUGUCUGUGGAGGAUGGGAAGUUCGACGUCAAGAUUGGUGAGGAUGGUGAUGUUUUCAGGUCGAAGAAGAGAUUUUAUCACUCCAUUGUCCGAAUUGUUGUUAACUCAAUUCCGGACUCGGGGAAGUGUAUUUCGAGCAGUGUCGGGUAUCUGUUGGCGUACACAAUGUACUCAGUGCACUGGUUUGUUGUGAGGAGGGGCGGAAAUUCCGGGGUACCGGUGUUGGUCUUUUUGGGUAGUAAGGUUUUCAAGACUUGCUCUAUUGUGCAUGCUUGUUGGUCUCCUGAGUUGCCUGAAUUGAGUGUGGUCUUGUUGGAGAAUGGAAAUAUAUAUUUGUUUGAUCUCGAGCAUAUCUUGCAUAAAGUUGGUUUGGAACAUAACUUGAAAGGUACUCAGUUGAGAGUUUUGUGGAAUCAUACUGCCAGUUCGAAGAGUGCUAAAUGGUUAGGAUGUGAGUUCAGCUGGCAUCCGAAAAUCUUGAUCGUUGCACGAUCGGAUGCAGUCUUUCUAGUGGAUUUUAGAUCCGAGCAAUGCAUUAUACAUUGCAUAGCAAAUAUUGGGAUGUCGGGUAUUUAUGCAUCUACGGAGAAGGAUCAGUUUCUUGCAUUUUCUCGGGCCGGGUCUGAUGGUUUUCACUUUGCCUUAGCUUCAAACAAGCUUUUACUUCUGUGUGAUACGCGUAAGCCGCUGAAGCCAGUGUUGCAAUGGUCCCAUGGUCUUGAUAGGCCCUGCUACAUCGACAUGUUUAAACUGUCCAAAUUGAGAUCAAACUCUAAACAAGACACCUAUGAGCAUGCUUCCAAAUUGGGUUUCUGUAUUCUACUAGGAUCUCUCUGGAACUGUGAGUGGAGCCUGUUCUGCUAUGGGCCUCCUUUACCUGAUGCCAGAGGAUCAUCUCCUUCAAAAGUUUCAGGGAUUUGUGACUCUUUUUAUGCAUGGGGCCUCCCCUCAGAACUCUCACUUUCAGGUCGUGAGUGUGGCUCUGGAAGCUGCCUUUUGCAAGAAGAAUUCUUGAAGAAAUCUCCACCUCAAUGGGUUGAUUGGCAACGGAAAAGAGAUUUGGUUUUGGGAUUUGGAAUUUUAGGCAGUGAUCUCUCUUCACCAGCUUCUGAUGACGAUGAAUAUGGUGGCUUCACACUUAUCAGGUUGAUGUCCUCUGGGAAGCUUGAAUAUCAGAGAUACUCCGCGUCUUGGGAUGUUGAAAGAAGUUGCCAGAAAGAUGUUAAUCUCUCAUUUAUGGAUAAUGGUCUGUGUUCAGUGGUGGAAGAUGAUUACAAGUUCCCCAAAAGAUUCAAGUAUCUGAAACUUGACUACCUCUACAGUUUUUUAAAGGGCAAUCUUGCUUCGGUGGUAGAAGCAAAAAUUGAAAAGACUUCUAGUUGCCCCAAAGAAAAGGAAUCUUUUGACCCCGCUUGUCACGUAGCUUUGUGUAAAAUGCUCAAGAGUUCUGGUUUCCAACUUGGAUCACCUUCAGCAUUGUCUUUUGACGACAUUCGUUCACCAACUACAAUUGGUGAGAUUAUAUCGAGGAAAAAGUGUUCAGGUUUGUCCACGGAGCUUUUACUUUUAGCAUUUUCUGGCUACUCUGAAUUCCUUGAAGUGCUUUUGGACCAGAAGAAAGUGUCUCUGGAAUUCUUGGUUGUUCCAGAGACGGUGCAAUUGCAGCCUUUCGUUCUGAGAGAACCUUCAUUCCGCAGCAACAAGUGGUCAAAUAAAGUGCAUCGAAGUGAUGCUCUUGUUGGUCCUGUGCUUCCUGUCCCCUUCCUAUCAACACUUCAUCAGGUCAGAGAUGGCUCUUCAGAAGCAUCAGUUGGACUUUCUUCAGAGGCGGAACUUAGCCUUCAAUUUGGUGAGGUUAUGCAGGUGGCUACCAAAGUGGCCAUGUCAGACUCAGGUCCUGAGGCUCAUGAUGAGCGUGCCAUUUCGCUUGCAGACGACAGAGAAGAGACCUGGACCGCGUCACAACAAGAAAAACCAUUCUUUUUGUACCACAUAGGUUCUUUUAAGCCUUAUGCGCAUCCUGUAUGUUCUCAUAUGGUCUCCAAAGUUGUUGACUCUAAGGCCAUUUCUAGCAAGAGCACGGAUGCUACUGGGUUAGAAAUUUUCGAUAAUAUAUGCCCAAUCAAGAUGACGUUCAAUUCUAGUCAACAGGAUUUUGGGUCUACGGAACUAACUAUCUACAACAUAUUGAAAGGACAGUACUUAAAGCGGCAAGAAAGCUUUGAUCCCUACCAAGACUUUCUUAGUCGGUGCAAACUUCAGAAGUAGAGAAGCAGCAUUUGAGAAAUUGGAAGUGUGAGACAGUAUCUGGACAAUGUUUAGAAGUCCUGAUCCAACCCCUAAUUGAUCUUUUCCGUUUAGACAAAGUCACUAUUAUAUAUAGGUCCCUCUCUAUACUCCGCCUAAUUCUGAAGCAUGGCGCGUAAAGGACAUGUGGGGAAAGUUCACUCUACUCUGGGACAAUGACUUAGCAGAGGGACUUCUAUCCAAGAAGAGCUUUGCAGACACACGUGAAUAUAUCAGUUGAUGCCCUCUUCCUGUGAAUUAUGAUGGGACAUUUAGCACGCUGUCUUUGAACUUGUGUGUCAACUUGUCCAAAAAGAACACUGAAGAAUGUGUAAGGGUAGAGGCUGUUUCUGUAACGAAUUUGAUUCUGCUGAGGGACUGUGCUUAUGAGGACAGGGAAAGGUUUGGAUGUUUACUGGUCCUGGAAAACAUUUCGACACUCCAAAAGAAGGAAUCUGGAUUAUGCUUCCUAGAUCUGCUGUUCCUUCUAUUAAAUGGUCCAAAAAUCUCAGAGAUUUUCUUCUGCGGUUAUAAAAUUAGAGAGUGUGCUCUUCCUGGGGAUUACAACGACGACGAAACAAUGACAAUUUUUCGAGGAUCUGAUUUUAUUCUCGAGAGCUUGGCAGAUUGUGCAUCUUCUAGGCACUUGAAGCUUAAAGAAAGAGCAACAAUGCUUUUGGCAUUUUCAGCCUCAGCUGGAACAACUGGCUUUGAAGUCCUUACGAAGCACAAGCUAUCCAAUGGAGCGGGUUUCCUUAUGUUAACUUUGCAAGCAUUGAUAUCAGAGAUGGAUGUGAAGCAAGAGGCCCUCCGGAGCCACUGGAAAUCUUGAUAGAGAGGAUGAUGGAUGCAUUAGAUGGGGAGUUUUGGCACACUUAAGUGGAUCAUAAUCAAUGUGGAUGAUGUUGGCGCCGAGGGGAUCAUAAGCAGAGGCUUUGGUCAGUUCCAGAUUCUAGCUUUUGUUCAUGUUCUCUGUGGUGCAUGGCUGGUCAGUUUAUUUAAUUUGGCUAUUAUAAAAGCUCUCAGAAAUGUAAUUAUCCCUGACAAUGCAACGGAGAACAUUGUUUCGGCAUGCUGUGAAGUUUUGCAAUCAAUAAGAAUGAUUCUGCAUGGGACACUGAUUGUUCAUGCUGACAUUUUCAUAACUGGCCUCAGGGAAUUUUUUCCGACUGCAUGUCUGUCAGUCUCCUAGGGUGGCUAGAUGGUAUGAUCUCAUCGACAGCAUUUUGAACAUUAAACUUAGUGAAAAGGACAGGAGCUUUAGCGAGAAACAUUGGUGCUAUUCUUUUGCACUGUUUGAGGAAGUUCUUAGCAUCUUUAUGACACCAGUCCUGUUGCGGAUCUUCCGCCUGGUACUUUGGAAGUAAUAGCAUGUCCUUGGAGAUGUUGCAGAACAUAUACGAAAAUAUACAGUUUUUUGGUGGAUGGGCUUUUCCUCUUCAGCAAUAUUCCAUCCUUGUAUAGUGGAUAUUUGUAUGGCCAAGGAAGUUGAUUGUACGUUAGAGAGAAUUCUUUGCGCU